AUGUCGGAAAUUGAAAGGGUCAAUGCUUUAAGAUUUCGCGCUUUACUCAAAUUCGUCCGUGAAUUUUACAAAAAUAUUUCUCUGUUCUAUUUUCUUCCUCCAUUUACAUCAACACGAGACAUCACAUGUGUUUCCAUAACUCAUCCACGACGACAGCGAUAUUUCACUAACAAAAAAAUAUCUCAUUGUGGUGUUUUCGUCAGGGGUUUGGAAUUUAUUUUCUUUACGUGA